UUAGAUGCCGUUUCCAACUGGAGGAACUGAAGCCCAGAAAAAAGGAGAACCUUAUACUCACUGUUGGUGGGAAUGCAGAUCCACAAAGGAAGACUGAGCCUCGGAGCAGCAAAGGAGCAGCAGUGGUGCAAAGAGCCAGACGCCCAGGGUGAGGAGCUGGCCGAGGAUGGACAGCGUUGAACAAACAGCCGAGAUCCUUCUGUGUCUGUCACCUGCUGAAGUUGCCAGUCUCAAGGAAGGAAUCAAUUUUUUUCGGAAUAAGAGCACAAGCAAAGACUACAUCAUAUACAAGGACAAGAGCUUCCUGCGGGCAUGCAAGAAUCUGUGCAAGCACCAGGGUGGUCUGUUCAUAAAAGACAUCGAGGAUUUAGACGGAAGGUCUGUUAAAUGCACAAAGCACAACUGGAAGUUAGAUGUGAGCACCAUGAAAUACAUCAACCCGCCAGGAAGCUUCUGUCAAGAUGAGCUGGUGGUUGAAAUGGAUGAAAACAAUGGACUUUCACUUCUAGAACUGAAUCCUCCUAACCCCUGGGAUUUUGAGCCCAGGUCUCCUGAAGAUUUGGCUUUUGGAGAAGUUCAGAUAACAUAUCUCACUCAUGCCUGCAUGGACCUCAAGUUGGGAGACAAGAGGAUGGUGUUUGACCCUUGGUUAAUUGGCCCUGCUUUUGCCCGGGGAUGGUGGUUGCUACAUGAGCCUCCAUCUGAUUGGCUGGAGAGGCUGUGCCAAGCCGACCUAAUUUACAUCAGUCACAUGCACUCAGACCACCUGAGUUACCCUACACUGAAGCAGCUUUCUGAGAGACGACCAGAUAUUCCCAUUUAUGUUGGAAACACGGAAAGACCUGUCUUUUGGAAUCUGAAUCAGAGUGGUGUCCAGUUGACUAACAUCAAUGUUGUGCCAUUUGGAGUAUGGCAGCAGGUAGACAAAAAUCUUCGGUUCAUGAUCUUGAUGGAUGGCGUUCAUCCCGAGAUGGACACUUGCAUUAUUGUGGAGUACAAAGGUCACAAAAUACUCAAUACAGUGGACUGCACCAGACCCAAUGGGGGAAGGCUGCCUGCGAAAGUUGCUCUAAUGAUGAGUGAUUUUGCUGGAGGAGCAUCAGGCUUUCCAAUGACUUUCAGUGGUGGAAAAUUUACCGAGGAAUGGAAAGCCCAGUUCAUUAAAACAGAAAGGAAGAAACUCCUGCAUUACAAGGCUCAGCUGGUGAAGGACCUGCAACCCCGAAUUUAUUGUCCCUUUGCUGGAUAUUUUGUGGAAUCCCACCCAUCAGACAAGUACAUUAAGGAAACAAACAUCAAAAACGACCCAAAUGAACUGAACAAUCUCAUCAAGAAAAAGUCUGAUGUGGUGACGUGGACCCCACGACCUGGCGCCGUCCUUGACCUGGGGAGGGUACUAAAGGACCCAACAGACAGCAAAGGCAUCACCGAGCCUCCAGAGGGGACAAAAAUCUACAAGGAUUCCUGGGACUUUGGACCAUAUUUGAACAUCUUGAAUGCUGCUAUAGAAGAUGAAAUCUUUCUUCAUUCGUCCUGGAUAAAAGAAUACUUCACUUGGGCUGGCUUUAAGGAUUAUAACCUGGUGAUCAGGAUGAUUGAGACAGAUGAGGACUUCAACCCUUUGCCUGGAGGAUAUGACUAUUUAGUUGACUUUCUAGAUUUAUCCUUUCCAAAAGAAAGACCAAGCCGGGAGCAUCCCUAUGAGGAAAUUCGCAGCCGUGUUGACGUCAUCAGACACGUGGUGAAGAACGGGCUGCUCUGGGAUGACUUGUACAUAGGCUUCCAAACCCGGCUCCAGCGGGACCCCGACAUUUACCAUCACCUGUUCUGGAAUCAUUUUCAAAUAAAACUGCCCCUCACACCACCCAACUGGAGCUCAUUCCUGAUGCACUUUAGUUAGAGCGGACUGGGAUUUUCCAGGAUGCCAAGCCACAUGAAGAACUCAAGAGUUUAUUGAUGUUCCAACUUGAACUGAAGACAUGGAUGACACAGGGACUAUGCAAUGAAUAACUACAUGUUACAUUUGUGAAGUAUUCAUGAAUCUUACAUUUGUGGAUCACUACAUAGGCACAUUCAAAACCGUUGUACUUAUCCUACCCACAGUCCUUGUAAAAAGAAGGAAUGAGCCCAACAGCAACACAUUGCCGUUGGAAUCACAGUAUAAGAGGAGUGAAGUGAAACACUGGGGGAGGGAACCCUUCUGAGCCCACAGUGAGAAGACAGGAAGGGGAAAGGGAGCAGACACUGGGUUUAAAGGAAAAGGAAGGAAAGAAGAGACAUAAGGAGGGUGCUUCAAAGAGUUUAUGGAAAAUGGAAUUAAAGGAUAAGUUCAUGUUGAUGUAAAAAAAAUAGAAAAGCAUAGCUUUUUUCAUAAAAAGUAUUUUCCAUAAACUUCUGAAGACCUGGCAUAUAUCCAUGAGGGACCAUGUGAAAACAGGAAAGAGAAAACACUAAAAUGGAAUUGAAAAAAAAAAUGGAAAAACAGAUAUCCACAUCCCCUUCCUUAAUGGGUUGACUGCCCCCAAACAGGUACCAGAAAGAUAAAGAGUAGUUGAUGAGAAAAGUCUGUGAGUAGUUUUCAAUUUUUCAAAACACUUGGUUGAAAUUGUACAUUUCCCAGCACGAGGCUAGAGAGGCUGCCCCGAAUGCUCCCAUUCCACAGGGACUGGGUGGUUUUGACUGGGUUUCAAAAUCUGUCACUUCAUAUACUUUAUCAGUUCUUUCAAGUAAGUAGUGCUUUGAUCAAUGAAAUAUGUCAACACUAAUAACAUGAGUUUUAUGAACAAAAACUUUCCAAAAUCUGUAGAUAAAUCAAUAAUAAGAUCUGUGCUUGAGAAAAAUUAGCUCCUUUUCUGAACAUUUAAAAACCUUAUUUCAGAUUGAAAAAGCAAUUUUUAAUGAUACUCAUGGGAUUGUUUAAAUGAUAUUCAUGGGAUUGUUUACUCCUAAGAAAACAUAAUUGUUAUCUAGGUUUCUUUUUUCCAUGUUGUCUCCAACACACACACAGAUACCGCUGAUUUCAACAUCAGAACCUAUUUUCUGAAUCAUAUAUACUACCUCUUUAAUUCUAUAGGUACAGUAACCUGGUGAUGGAGUUGAUCUCCUUAAAUCUCUGGAAUCAUUGGUAACAAAGAUUCUGAUUGACUUCCGAUUAAGACCAGUAAUGUUUAAUUCUGGUGCACUUCACACAACAUUACAAGAAAGCUUGGAAUUCAGAAAUUAUAUUUUGUGAUCUGUACUACAUAGUAAAUUAUUCAAUUACCUCUGAAAAUAAAUGUGAUAAAUAUUAAUAUAUGUUGAAAUGCAUUUGAUAUGCAAAUAAAAGAAUAUUUUAAAGUAGGAAUUUGUUUUCUCACCACCAAGUCUGCUAUGUUCUCAUGCCAUAUUUCUGGUUCACUCCUCCCAAUAUCCAACAAUCCUUGAUGUCAGCAGGACCUACAAUGCACCGAUGCCUCGCUUCUGCUUAACAUGACCCCUUCAUAUCACCCUUUAUGUCUUGCUCCCACAUUCCCAUCAGUAAAAUCCUGUCACCUUCAACCUUCACAGUAUACCCAGGUCUCACCAUUUUCUACCACUUCUGCUGC